UAGUACUGCGUUGGCACUGCGGGCUUGGAGAUUGUUUUCUCCAGUUACGUCUUAAAGCCGUCAGAGACAAGAGGAUCAAGCAUGUUGGAGUUCUGCUUACCAAGAAAGGGUAAGAGAGGUAGUUGUAGCUGUGCCGCAGCUCGUCUGCCCACCCUAGAUAUGAGUCGGAAACUACUUGUUCCAAAGAUGUGAGGCGGUCAGAGCUGCAGCGCGACAUUCCACCGGCUUGGUUGGGGACGAUGGCGUCGGCCCCAUCAGCCACCGUCCGCCGGCGGGAGCGUCAGCAUCGAGGAACCGCCGGGAGCAGUGAGAAACACGCCAUGCUUGUUCCUACGAAGGGAACUACAAAGGUGUUCCUCGCUGCUCUGAUAGCGCAAGAACUCCACCAACUUGCAGCCGGUUACCAGCAGAAGAAGAACCUCCUCGUCGCUAAGAAGUUCUUUCUGCGUGAUGGUAAAAAGUCCUCCGCAACUCUUCAUCAGCGUCUUCAGAUGAAAGCCAGUCCGGUCUCCGGUGCGCCCUUUUUGUUGAAGACCCCUCUGAAAGCGAUGCCCACGGAGGAAGAUGACGACAUCAACCCGCAGCUAUUCAUCACGCGGGAGCAGUUUGUGAACAAAAACGCCAAACCUCCUUCCGCUUGCGAUCUCGGCACGAACCCGAGCAAGGACGACUGCAUGGCCGUCAGCGGGCGCGAGUGCAUGUGGGUCUCGCUGAAUUCCGCCGGGAUCCGGAACGCCAAGUCCCAUUGCCUGCCCUGCGAAAUCGACAACAACAAGAUCCCCUGCUGGAACGUGGGGGCAAAGAUCAACGGCGAUACCGUGGAGGAGUGUCAGAUGCAGUGUCCGCAUCAGGCGCAGGUCCGCCAGCCGGAGUACGCCUGCGUGGAAGAGAGCGGGUUUUUGACCAAGUCGCAAUGCUUCGACCUCGGGAACAAGUCCGGAUCGAAGUGUAUGUACCUGAAUUACAAGAAGCAGGACGCUUUCGGGGCCGACACGCUGUCGAUCUGCGCGCCGUGUUUCGUCUCCGGCAUCGGCACCUGGGACUGCCCGAAGACGGGGAAAUUUGGCGACGUGGUUUCCUGUGACUCGCAGUGCGCGGCGCCUCCGCCGCCCCUGCCACCGCACGCCCCGCCGCCGCCGAAAGAUCCACCCGAGUCGCCGGGCCUGAAAACCACGACGCUGAAUAACGGCGUGAAUCAAGACCCGGAGCUGCAGAAAGUGACCAUGGUGGACGCCCCGUUUCCCGUGACGCCCGCGCCGCCCCCGUCCAACGAAGAACUCAUUGCCGCGGCCCAGGCAGCCAGGGACGCCGCGGCCCUGGCCAGCGGAACCACGCCGGCACCGCCGCUGCCCUUCUACUACCGUGAGGAAAAAUCCCCCCUCCCCCUAUCAAAACGAAAAUCUGUGAUGCAGAUUUGUGGCCACAAAUCAGCUUUGUCAUGCUAGGAGGGAAAAGAGGCGGACUGUAGUGCUGGGCGGUGUGCUGGGAAGGCCUUGCAUCUUCAGCAUGACAGGAGGCAGACGGACUUAAGAAACAGCAUGACAAAGUGCCUGCAAACGAGGCCACAACUGCUGCUCUUAGUCUUCUAGCAAUGCAAGUCGAUUUGUGUCCUCAAAUACAGCAUGACCAAUUUCGUUUUCGAUAUGGGGAGGGGGGACUUUUCCUUUUGAUAUCUACGUGCCGGUCGUCAUGUAUCGAAAACCGGAAGACUACGCGCAGCAAACGCCGAUCCUGGAUCGCUAG